UUAGCUAUAGUUUAUAAUAUGCAAAUAAAAUAGAGACUAAUGCCUUUGUUCAUUCAAAAUAAGAACAAAUAUAAAGUAUAUCAAUAUUAAGAGAGGCUCAGUCUCUGUGAGUAUAGUGAUUUUCUCUUUCUGUGAAUUUUUUUUGACAGUUGUCAAAAUAAUAGGAAAGUUUGCCCUGUUUUUUUAACAAUUGUGUAAUUAUUAAACCAAUAUUCAGUGAUAAAUAAUAUGGAUAGAAAUACGAAUAAUGAAGAAGAAUCUGCCCCUAAAGGUUUCAAACAGUCCAAUAUUCUGCCACUAUGGGGAAACGACAGAACUAUGAAUUUGAAUCCUCUCAUAUUGACCAAUAUCCAAAGUAGUUCUUACUUUAAGGUUAAUUUAUACGAACUGAAGACCUACCAUGAAGUCGUUGACGAGAUUUAUUACAAAGUCACCCAUUUGGAACCUUGGGAGAAAGGUUCAAGACGGACUUCUGGACAGACAGGUAUGUGUGGGGGAGUAAGAGGAGUAGGUGCUGGAGGUAUAGUUUCCACGGCUUACUGCCUUCUUUACAAACUCUUCACGCUGAAACUAACUAGGAAGCAACUGAACGGACUUCUAACUCACUGUGAUUCACCAUAUAUUCGAGCCCUUGGAUUUAUGUAUAUAAGAUACGCUUUACCACCAGCCAGUCUAUUAGAAUGGUAUGAACCCUAUUUGCAGGAUGAAGAGGAACUUGACGUGAAAGCUGGGGGAGGUCAAACAAUGACCAUCGGUACAAUGCUGAGACAAUGGUUGGUGAAAUUGGAAUGGUUUUCUACUUUAUUUCCUAGAAUACCUGUACCUAUACAACAAAAGAUACAAAAGUUUAUGGCGGAAAAUCUUCCGCAACAAGUGGUAAACACAAGACAAGAACCUGCAAAGUACAACGAGCGACCGCAAAAAGAGUGGGCGAGAGAGAGAGACAAUGUGAGAGAGGACAUCAAAAAAGAUUUUCUGAGAGACGACAGAAGAGAGAGAUCAAGAGAUAGGUCUCCUGAUCGCAAAUACAGAGACGACAGGCGAUACAGGGAUGGCGAUUAUAAGAGAGAUAGGGAUAGGCAUACAAAGAGGGAACGCAGUCGUAGUCCUGUGAGAUCGUCCCAUUCCCACAGCGGUUCUAGCAAAGACUACAAAGACAGGCACAGGCAUAGGAGAUAAAACCUACACGGAGUGCUCGUUUUUGUUCCAAGGUUUAGAAUUUAAUCUUAGAUUUUUGUCGUUAAUCAUUAAACUUGCGAUUUUUUCCAGAAUUCCGAAUACCGUUCCAGGGUAUUAAAACCGGUUAAUCUUUUCGCUCCUUUGGUUAGAUAAAAUCUCUUUCAUGUUCACAAAUGUAAUUUAUUUUCUAUCAACAUUGUAAUGAAACUUUAUGAAUAUAUUGGUUUUUUUA